UAGGUUCAGAUAGGAGGCUGUUGUCAGAAAUAUUCAAAUAAAGCUUUAGAAUUGAGAGAUAAAGUUAAAAACAACCGAAUCUGAAUGUUAUGAGAUAGAGAGAAGUUGUAAAGCAGUCAAGAAAUAACAUACAAACAAUUCUCUUUCGACCUUCAAUUACACGAUAAAGACUGUAAUUCUUUGCCAUGUUGGCGAAACUGUCUCGAAAAAAACUUUACCCCUUUUUCCACAAGACAAGAAGCUAGCGAAAAAAAACUUGUAGAAAGUUCUCCAUAAUCAAAUUAGCACCUUCCAGAAGGAAUCAUUAUCGAGCCAUAAAAAUAAUAUGUUAAAAGGACGCGGUGCAACAGAAGGAAAAAGAUAUUAUUCUUAAAGUGAAAACAACUCGAGGAUCUUAAAUCAAUCUUUGGAGAAAUGGCAUUGUUAUCAGCAAAAAGUAUCCGCAUUUUCAAAACAUUCAACUUGUAUGGUUGUUUUUUUGUAUUGGGAUUGUGUGUUGCCAUACCAGGUCCAACAUUAAUUGAUUUGACUCACCUUGUACACACCGACAUAAAGACCAUAGCAUUCAUUUAUGCAGCCCGAUCAGUUGGAUAUCUUGCAGGUUCUUUACUCGGUGGUGUUUUCUUCGAUAUGAUUUCUAGAAAACAGAUUAUUUUGUUCUUCGGUAAUGUUGUCACCACGAUAACUAUGUUUGGAGUUCCCUGGAGCAGACAAAUCAGGACUCUCACCAUAUGGAUGGUAGUAAAUGGUUUAACUUUGGGUGUUCUCGAUACAGGAGGAAAUGUUUGCUGCCUCAAUCUAUGGGGUAAAGAUAGCGGUCCGUUUUACCAGGCACUCCAUUUUACGUUUGGCAUCGGCGGAUUGGUAUCACCUCUUAUUGCUGCUCCAUUUCUCGGUGAUUAUUCAGAUUUCGAACAAUUUUAUGACAACGGAACUCUAGAAACCAACGAGACUUGUUAUCAAAAUCAUACAGAUUUUUCCAACGCUACUUCUGUUGCUAUUCCCAGGGUAACGUGGGCAUACAUGAGCAUCGGCGUCAUCUCCUUUUUCGUAACCAUUUUAUUUCUUGCAAUGUGCAUCAUAGCACCUGUUGACGAGAGCGGCAGGAAAGGGGGCGAGUCGGAAUCCGGUAAAAAAAGUUGGGCCUUCACAGCUCUCAUUGUAUUCCUGACUUGUAUCUUGAUCUUGACCUCAAUGGGUACUGAAGUGGGUUAUGCCCAAAUGCUGACCACCUACGCUGUGAAAGGACCUCUGCACCUGUCCACAAGUACAGGAAGCUACAUGACUUCAACUUAUUGGGCUGCCUUUACAGCUUCGAGACUCGCGGCCAUAUUUUUGACCAUAAAAUUCAGCAAUUUCAGUUUGAUAGUUUUUGAUGUGGUUUUAACAUUCAUCGGCGGGUUAGUGUUGUUGUUUUUAGCUGCCUCUUAUGAUUGGGCCCUUUGGGUCGCCUCCAUACUUCUCGGGGUCGGGAUAGCCUCUUUCUUCCCAGCGUCCGUCAGCUGGAUUGAACAAUAUAUCAAUGUUACCAAUAAAAUAGCCUCAAUGUUCGCCGUUGGAGCCUCUUUCGGGGAAAUGAUAAUCCCCUACACAAUCAGCUAUUUUAUUGAUGAAAAACCAGAAGUUUUUAUUUAUGUAGUUAUUGUAAGUUGUGUUGUGGCCAUUGUUGUGACUUUUAUUAUGUAUUUAAUUUUAAGAAAAAUUCCUGAUAAAUACACAUCACGGCGAACGAGCUCUGUGAAUGCUGCACGUUCUGGUUCUGUGAAUGCUGCAUAUAAUAACACAGAGAUAUAGUGUAGAAAGUCUAUUAUUUAUAUAUAAAUAUGAAUGUCUGUC